AUGGAAUUUGAAGACGAGGUUGGUAUUUAUUAUAGGUCGUCGUACAAACCAUCGAUCAAGAAGGAAGUGGAUGAGACUGCAACAUCAGAGAUUCAUGGGGAAGUUGAAGAAGAAGUAGAUGGGGUUGAGAGGAGGCUCAAAGAGUUGAAGAACUUUGAUGAGCUUCCUAACCCUCCUUUUAAUCAUCACUUCAUCAACAAGCCAUAUAAUAUACAGGCAUCGCUAGCCGAAAGGAUUCAAGGAGAAUGGGAAUCAAUAAGACAACUUCCCCCAAGUUCAAUUUUGGUUAGGGGUUAUACUUCAAGGAUUGAUCUUAUGAGAGCUGUGAUAGUUGGUGGAGGUGACUUCAUACGUCUUCCAAAACGUGACAAGACCAAGAUAAUUGGUCGAAAAGGUGUCAUGAUAGUUGAUGAUGAUCGAGAAGAUGAUGAGAUGAUAACUUGUCGAGAAGGUCCUCCCUAUCACCAAGGCUUGUUCUUCUUAGACAUAUUCUUUCCAAGCAAUUAUCCGACAGAGCCUCCCCAACUCUUUUUCCGCUCUUACGGCCUUGAUCUAAACCCUAACUUGCCCAAAAACGGCAAAGUUUUGCUUGACGCCAAUCUACAACAGUCAAACAUAUGGGACACACUUGUUUCAAUUCGGGAAUUGAUUCUCUUGGAUGGUAUUGAUCAUGACAAAGAGAAUUCUUCGAAAUUAAGCAAAAUGGUUUUUGUGCAAACUUGGGAAGCCAUGCUUCAUAUGUUGGAGUGCCCACCUAUCCAUUUUCAAGCUUUAGUUUUGGGGUAUUUUCGAGUAAGAUCUCAUCAGAUUCUACUCGACUACAAAGCUUAUGCCGAUGUUCAGGAUCCGGCGAUGAAGUUGUUAUUCUUCAAGCUUGUGAAGGCCUUUGAAACUAAUGGAACUUAUUGCCGACAUCAUUAUAAUCAGAAGGAGUAUGAUUUGGCAUUUGAAAAAAAGGAGCCUUUAGAAGAUUAUAGCAAUAAUAUCCGUAGUUUUUGGUACUCUUCACUAAAAAUAUAG